AUGGCACCGUACGAAGCAUUGUAUGGUCGUAGAUGUCGUACUCCCUUAUGCUGGUACCAAGAUGGCGAAAAUCUGAUCGUCGGACCAGAGCUAGUUCAACAAACGACGGAAAAGGUAAAGCAAAUCAGAGAAAAGAUGAGAGCAUCUCAGAGUAGGCAGAAGAGUUAUGCCGACGUGCGGCGGAAGGACUUGGAGUUCGAAGCGGGGGACCAUGUGUUCUUACGAGUCACCCAGACUACGGGCGUUGGAAGAGCCAUGAAGUCGAAGAAGCUUACGCCAAAAUUCAUAGGACCAUACCAAAUCAUUGAGCGUGUUGGACCAGUGGCAUAUCGGAUUGCGCUGCCACCCUUUUUGUCUAACAUUCAUGAUGUUUUGCAUGUGUCCCAGUUGAGGAAGUAUGUAUCCGAUCCGUCACAUGUGAUAGAGCCGGAUCACCUUCAACUCAAGGAUAAUCUCACCGUUGAGGUACCACCAAUGAAGAUUGAAGAGCGAAGGAUCAAGCAAUUGAGGAAUAAGCAAGUUUCCCUAGUCAAGGUGAUUUGGAAUCAAACCACGAGAGAUGCCACCUGGGAGCUAGAGGAUAAGAUGCGGGAACAGUAUCCCGAGCUAUUCGUAGACCCUUAG